AUGGCGAGCGCUCUCGCCAAGCGGGCUACUCUGACGCAAGUCGCCAAUUUUGGUAGUAAUCCUGGUAGUCUCAACAUGUAUAUCUACGUUCCGGCCAAAGUUGCCACCUCUCCUGGCGUCGUAUUUACACUCCAUGGCGCUUCCGGCAACGCCCAGCAGCAAUUUACAUCUACACCUUAUGCAACGCUGGCGGAGCAGUACGGCUUUAUUGCCGUCUACCCAGAAUCCCCCCAAGGUGCCUGGGAUGCAACCUCAAGCAAAUCACUUUUACAUAACGGUGGUGGCGCAAGUCAAUCAAUUGCUAGCAUGGCUGCCUACGUGGUCAGCACAUACAAGGCUAAUACCAGCAAAGUGUUCGUCUCUGGAGUGUCUUCCGGCGGAACAAUGGCUUUCACCCUGGCAGGGGCCUACCCUGACGUCUUCAAGAGUGCCAUCGUUUAUUCUGCUGCUUCCACAGCGAACAUCAAAAACCAGUACCCAGGAUAUACUGGCACUUAUCCCAGUAUUCAACUCUAUUUAGGAUCUGCGGACGCCAUCAUUGGUACAUCGACCUUCAAUAAGUCGCUUGCCAAUUGGGCCCCGGUACUUGGUUACGACACUACCCCUGAUCAAGUGCUCACCAAUAGUCCUGUCAGCGGAUGGACUACAUAUGUCUUGGGCAGUAAGCUAGAAGGCAUCUGGGCCCAGGGUGUCGGACAUCCCGUUUCGACCCAGGGUAAUGAAGACAUGAAGUGGUGGGGGUUUGCUUGA